AUGGGUGAGCGCUUCUAUCACCAAGAACAGCCGGGUAGCCCGCGACGUGUAUCGCAUUACAACAUCCUUCAACCCCAAAUCAAGCAGCCGGCCCGUCUGACUGCUCCCCGAGAUCGCUAUCGUAUGACCCGAUAUGAUGACCCCAUGUACGACACCGUUGAAGACGACCAUGCCAACGGCCAAGGAUCUCAGCUCGAUUCUUUCGAUGAGAGACUGCUUCAGCAGUCGUAUCCAGAUCGGCUGCCGCAAGUCACGCACGGUAAUGGAAGAUUGUCGUUUGCGCCCGCUCCAUCACAACCCUCGUAUGGUGGCCGUGGUAACUAUAUAAAUCGAGAUCAGGGUCGAUUUGCCUACAAUUCUGCACAAUUCCAAGAUUCGAGUUCCGACCCUCAAAUUGGCCAGUCCUCCAGCCCAGCAUUCAAAGUAAGCCAGCGCCGCAUAGAGCAUGCCAGCGCCUCCACUGCGAAAUGCGGCUCAGGGACCCAGACGUCCAGGGAUACCCGACGGCACACCAUAGGGCUUGAAGCACACGGAUAUCAGCAAUAUCAUGAACAAAUUGUGUCUCCCAAAUGUCAAGAACAUGUCCUUGGAGAACUGCCGUCCCUGAAUCCGGAUGGAGCCCAAGAAUCUCCUUGUCAUCGGGGACAAGAUAUCAGCGAAUUACCAGAAGCUCUCGUGACUGCACCGCAUGCUCCUCCCGUGUGCCAGGGCAUCCGUCUCGUCCCGGUCGCAACUUUGCCAGAUCGGCUUCGGACAAUAUUCCCUUACCCAACGUUCAAUGCAGUACAGUCCAAGUGUUUCGAUACGGUCUUCCGUUCUGAUAACAACUUUGUUCUUGCAUCUCCAACAGGAAGUGGUAAAACAGUGAUCCUCGAGCUUGGCAUAUGCCGAGCAUUUGCUACCAAUUCAACUGGUCAAUACAAGAUUGUCUAUCAGGCUCCUACCAAGGCUUUGUGCUCAGAAAGACAACGUGACUGGGAAACAAAGUUCAACAAGAUUGGCCUAAAGUGUGCCGAGCUCACUGGCGAUAGCGAUAUAUCGGACCUCCGACAUGUCCAAUCCGCCAACAUAAUCAUUACGACGCCUGAGAAAUGGGAUAGUGUGACUAGAAAGUGGAGAGAUCACGAAAAGCUGAUGAGACUCAUCAGAGUUUUUCUCAUUGAUGAAGUCCACAUACUCAAAGAGGACCGUGGCGCUACCCUUGAGGCAGUCGUGUCUCGCAUGAAGUCUAUUGGAACAAAUGUUCGCUUUGUGGCACUGUCAGCCACAGUACCUAACUUCAAUGACAUCGCAACUUGGCUUGGCAAAAGCCCAAUAGACCCAAACACCCCGGCUGCGAACGAGAGUUUUGGCGAAGAAUUCCGACCAGUGAAACUGCGAAAGCAUGUUUGCGGCUACAUGUCCAAUGCCAACAACGAAUUUGGAUUUGAGAAAGUGCUUGAUAGCAAGAUAACCGAUGUCAUAGCUACUUACUCUGAAGGUAAACCGAUAAUGGUGUUUUGCGCUACCAGAAACUCCACGCUUCAAACGGCGAAGCUGAUCGCAAGCUGGUGGUCUUCAAGGAUGGACAGUGAUCGCUUCUGGACAGCACCAUCAAAACACAUCCGCCUUUUGAAUAAAGACCUUAGGGAUACAGUCGCUUCAGGUGUCGCCUUCCAUCAUGCUGGUCUCGACAUAGAAGAUCGGAUGCAAAUUGAGAGAUCCUUCAUCGCCGGCGAGAUCAGUGUCAUUUGUUGUACCUCUACACUCGCUGUUGGAGUCAAUCUGCCUUGCCAUCUUGUAAUCGUCAAGAACACAAUGGCUUGGGGGCCAGCAGGACAUCAGGAAUACUCCGAUUUAGAGAUGAUGCAGAUGCUUGGUCGCGCGGGCCGCCCGCAGUUUGACGACACUGCUGUAGCUGUCAUCAUGACGCGCCAAACAAAGGUCCGAAGAUACGAAAAGAUGGUUACUGGUGAAGAACUUAUAGAAAGCAAGCUUCACCUUAACUUGAUCGAUCACAUGAAUGCUGAAAUAGGCCUUGGAACAAUUUAUGAUUUGCCCUCGGCAAGAAGAUGGCUCAAAGGUACCUUUCUCUUUGUUCGACUCCAGCAGAACCCCGCGUAUUACAAACUUGAGGGGUCCAGAACCGGGCAGAGUAUUGAAGAGCAAGUGGAUGAUAUCUGUUUUCACGAUGUCAACCUCCUGCAACAGAGCAAUCUAGUCUCUAGCGAAGAGCGUUUCACAUGCACCGAGUUUGGACAUGCUAUGUCACGGUACUACAUUCAUUUUGAGACAAUGAAGUUGUUCACGGGACUCGAGGCAAAGUCCUCACCCUCUGAGAUUCUCUCGGCUAUUGCACAAGCUAAGGAAUACUCUAACAUACGUUUCCGCCAGGGCGAGAAGACAUUCUACAAAAUGUUGAACAAAUCACCAUCAAUCCGCUGGACUAUUCCCGUGAAUUUGGAUCUCCCAGCGCAGAAGAUUUCGCUCAUGAUCCAAUCUGUCCUGGGGUCUGCUGAUAUCUCAUGGGACGGCGACAUGGCCAAACACAGAUCACAGUACGCAACAGAAAUGAUGAUGGUGUUCAGAAACAUAGGCAGUCUCAUUCGAUGCAUUAUUGACUGCCAAAUCGUGCUGGGCGACGCUGUUAGUAUUCACAGUGCUUUGAUGCUCGAGCGAAGUUUUGGCGCAAAGGCUUGGGACGACAGCCCGCUCCAAAUGAAGCAGAUUGAGACUCUAGGCGUGGUUGCUGUAAGAAAGCUUGUCAAUGCGGGUAUCAAAUCCAUAGAAGAUCUCGAGGGUUGCGAACCACAUAGGAUCGAAGCUGUGGUUGGAAGAAACCCACCUUAUGGCCUGCAGAUUCUUGAGAAGAUCAAGUGCUUUCCAAAGCUUCGUGUUUCGCUUCAAGAACAGCCUUCCACGAUUGUUAAAACUUUGGAAGGAGUCAAAAUGCAGAUCAAGGCAGACAUUGGCUUCAUGAAUGAGCGCCCACCACUGCGCUUCAACAACAAGCUCAUCUACGUUUGCCUUUUGGUGGAAGCAUCAGAUGGACGCAAGAUACACUUUGCCCGCAUCAGUGGUUCUAAACUUGGUACUGGCCAAAGUCUUUCCGUUCCGGUUCUCCUAACCAGUUACGACCAAUUCAUCAACUGUCAUGUCAUGUGUGAUGCUGGCAGUAUGCGCAGCGUCACUUUGAGACCUCAGAUACCCUCAUCCAUGCAUCCAAUCUUGAAAUCUUCUGGCUUAGAUUCAUCGGCCCCAAAUCAGUCCAAUAUGUCAAAGCGACGCACGGAGAAUGCGAAAGAAAGUUGGAAAGCGUCUAAUACCGGUGAUGAUUUCGGUGAUGACGGACUCGACGAUGAUACACUCGUGCAAGCUGCUUGUGGAGACCUCACAUUCGACAAUAUCGAUGCAUAUCCCGAUCCGCUCGCAGAGAAAGUUGAGCGCAACCACUCCAACGCUAGUUCGAACAAUAAACAGGAUGUUGGAAAGAUCCUAAGCCUUAAAGCGCUGCCCGAAGCUGUCGUUAAGGGCACUGCUCAGGAUCCAGUGCAGCUUGCAAAUGGUAGAUGGGCUUGUAACCACCCCUGCAAAGACCGCGAAGCGUGCAAGCACUUGUGUUGUAAAAACGGAAUGGACAAGCCGCCAAAGAAGAAGCUUAUGGCCAAGCUCUCUCAGCUAGGCGAGCCCCAAAUGCAGUCGCAACAGAAACUCCCGACUCCAAAAGUCAAAACAACUCAAACUAUGCUCCAGCUUGCAGCACCUAAAAGAAAAGCUUCGAUCGAAAUUGAAGAGUUGGAUCUUACUCAGCAAGAAAGGAGGAACAAAAUGGACCGAGCUCUAGAUGACCUGGGGGCACAAAGCGAGAUUCAGAAGAGUACGAAGGGUAGCAAUCUAUCUUCUGCAACUCAAUCGAUUUCGCAUAUGAAGCCAAGGCACUACUAUCACCAGGGUGAUGCAGGCAAAGUCUCAUCCUCGGAACCUUUAGUCACAGAACCACUCCUUGAUUCAAGCGACUACGGCAACAUCCAGUUUGACGAUGCUCUUGAUUUUCUUGAUCCUCCACAACAACCCAGUGUGCUAUCCGACUGCAAUACCCAAACAGAGUACCAUGAUCUUGUAGAUUGCGAGGCGAUUGCCUUAGGUAUCUCUCCAGAGUCGGAAACGUUCUAUGAUGAUGACUCACUACUCGGAGACGUACUGGUUGGCCUAGCUGAUUCGCAUAGCCUGCAAGGCAACAAUGAAGGCGAGUUUGAUUCAAUGAAAGGUGUGAAGGGUUUUCUCCACUGCGCAAACAAAGAAAGCUCGGAAGAGGCGCGGCAUUUGAAAGGCGAUAAAAUCGCAGACGCCAAGGGAUUCACAAACAAUGUUUUGCCAAGGACUGCUUAUGCUGAAGGCCACUAUCAAUCCCAUGAGUCGCCAGCGGAGAGACAAGGCUCUCACCCCGACAGACUCAUAAGUACUACGAGAAUCAAACGCACAUUUCCAGAUGCGGCGGUGAACUUUAUCGACGAUAACAAGACCGGCAAGCAAGCCCCCGGAAAGAGUGGCCUUACCCUUGCACAGUUGAAGAAAUACCAGCAAUCAUCAACUACCAAAGAACUCUCGGAGCACUUGGAAAAAGCUGUUGACGAGACUGCCUGCCCAGUCUCACCAGAGGAGAAGAUAGUUCCCGAUGCUUUCAAAGAUCUAGAGCCAUGGCUUCUUGAAGAAUUCGGCGACAUAGUAGAAGUUGUUGAUGAAUGA